CCUUAAAAUUUUAAUUAAAACCCAAAGAAGCCAACCCCAUUUUUCUCUUGAACUCACACGCAGUGAUCCAUAGGACUCUUCUCUCAAACAACAUGGACAAUGGUUGCUUCUCUAGUUCUCCACGCCACGAUGCUUUUCCAGCUGGUUUGCGAGUUCUUGUUGUUGAUGAUGAUCUAACAUGGUUGAGAAUCCUUGAAAAGAUGCUCAAGAAGUGCUUAUAUGAAGUGACUACAUGUUGUUUAGCAACAGAGGCCCUGAAAAAACUUCGUGAAAGGAAAGAAGCAUAUGACAUAGUGAUCAGCGAUGUGAACAUGCCUGACAUGGAUGGUUUCAAACUUCUGGAGCAAGUAGGACUUGAGAUGGAUCUUCCUGUUAUCAUGAUGUCUGUUGAUGGAGAAACAAGCAGGGUGAUGAAAGGUGUUCAACAUGGAGCAUGUGAUUAUCUCCUUAAGCCUAUAAGGAUGAAAGAACUGCGAAACAUAUGGCAACAUGUCUUUAGAAAAAGGAUGCAUGAGGCAAGAGAUUUUGAAAGCCAUGAGGGUUUUGACUUUGAGGGCAUUCACUUAAUGAGAAAUGGAUCAGAUCACUCUGAUGACGGUAACCUGUUUGCUGUAGAAGAAACUACGUCAAUUAAGAAAAGAAAAGAUGCAGAUAACAAACAUGAUGACAAAGAAUUUGGAGAUCAUUUUCCCACAAAGAAAGCUAGAGUAGUUUGGUCUGUGGAUCUUCAUCAGAAGUUUGUCAAAGCAGUGAAUCAAAUCGGAUUUGAUAAAGUUGGUCCCAAGAAAAUUCUAGAUCUGAUGAAUGUUCCAUGGUUGACUAGAGAAAAUGUUGCUAGUCACUUGCAGAAAUACAGGCUCUACUUGAGUAGGUUGCAAAAGGAAAAUGAUCAGAAAUCUUCAUCAAGUGGAAUAAAGCACUCGGAUUCACCUUCGAAAGAUCUAGGAAGUUUUAGUUUUCUGAACACUGCAAACAAGCAACAAAAUGAUAUUGCCACUGACAGCUUCAGCUAUUCAGAUGGAACUUUACUAAUUCAGAUGGAUGCUACAAGUUAUGAAGGUGAUCUCAAGGGAAUUGUGUCAGAGCCUACAACAGAAAAAAUAAGAGCUUCCACUAGUGAAAUUCCGGAUCCAAAGGUACAAAAAAGUUCGCAGAAGAGCCUCAACAAACCUUUUACAUCUGUAGAGUCAUCAGAAGCAAACCAUGCAGUCUUUGAUUGCACCAUACCAACAGAAUACUCUUGGAGUGAGUUUCCAAAAGGUCCACUCAAAGAAGAACAGAAGACACCUGUUCAAUUAGAGGAUAGCCUCUGCCAGUUGCCAUUGCAUGGUACACAGCAUCACAUUCAGAUUGAUCAAUCACAAUCAAUUGCCUCAAUUAAUUCCAAUCCCUCUAUAACAGAAGAAGAGGUUGCUGCCAAAUUAGAGACCAAACCUUUGUAUGCUGGUUACGAGAGUGAUUAUGUGAAUCCUGUGAGUUCAAUAGGAUCUGCAGUUGAAGCCUUUCCUAGUCAGUCCAAAAGCCUUAUGGUGAGUGAUCAAUCUUCAGAGCCCACUUUCACCUCGAAUUUGAGCUUGAAGACUCAGGGAUUCAAUCUAGAUUGCAUUUCUGAUCUGGAUUUUUACCAAAGGAACCUAUUAUUGGGUGGUGAGGUAGCUUCUGCACCUUUGGAUGAGGACCUGAAUUUCUUUUUGCUACAAAGUGAAUGCUACAACAUGAAUUUUGGACUGCAGAAUAUAGAUAUGUCAGAGUAUUAUGAUCCAAGGCUUACUGCUGAAGUCCCUAGCCACUUUUAUGAUUCAGCAGAUUAUUCAUCGGUAGAUCAAAGUCUAUUCAUUGCAUGAUCGGUCCUGCUCUUCCCUUUUCUGCAUCUUCAACAAAAAUCCAACUAAAUGCACGAAAGGACGAUUUACUGUCACAACUUGAACUUUCUUUUUCCUUUCCAAGAAUAUCAACUUUAGGGGGCUGGGGUAUUCUUUUUUCCAAUUAGAAAGGAUUUUGAUAUUGAAGCACAGAUAAAAGUGGAUGAUGUGUGAUGACAAACGUUAAGCUUAUCAAUAAGCUUGCUUCCUUUAAUACUAAUAACUGAAUAUUUGGAGAAGCAUUUUCUUGUGUUUGUAAGCCCACAGUGAUUCUCAGCAAAGAGUUGAAGGUAAUUUUGUCCAUGAAAAUGCAACUAAAGAUCAUUUAUAUAUGUUCCUAUAUCCUUUACAUAAUCAGAUGGAACCUAGUUCAAUUGCA